AUGCAGAGUCCAAGUGUCCUUCGCUUGUUGACGAUCUCAGCGACUGCUUCGCUAGCUGCUACGAUCACACUCGCGCAGCAGGCUGGCUCCAACACGGCCGAGACGCACCCGUCGCUGACGACCCAGAGCUGUACAAGCAAUGGAUGCACCGACGAAGAUACAUCCAUCGUGUUGGACGCCAAUUGGCGCUGGUUGUACAAGGAGGGCACGUCCACCAACUGCUACUCAGGCAACGAAUGGGACACGGACAUUUGCUCCGACCCAGAGACCUGCGCACCAAGCUGCGCACUCGACGGUGCCGACUACACGGGAACGUACGGGAUCACUGCCGACACGGACAGUUUGACACUCAAGCUCGUCACGAAAGGUUCUUACAGUACUAACAUCGGUUCUCGUGUCUACGUCAUGGAAUCCGACGACACAUACAAGGCAUACAAACUGUUGAACCAGGAAUUCACCUUCGACGUGGACGUCUCAAACCUCGACUGCGGCUUAAACGGAGCUCUCUACUUCGUCGACAUGGACACUGACGGCGGCAUGAGUCGAUUUUCCGGUAACGCCGCUGGAGCAAAGUACGGCACAGGCUACUGCGACGCUCAGUGUCCCCAGGACCUGAAAUUUAUCAGUGGUGAGGCUAACAUCCUCAACUGGACGGCUAGCGCUACUGACAGCAACUCGGGAACUGGUAAGUACGGCUCCUGUUGUGCUGAGAUGGAUAUCUGGGAGUCCAACAGCAUCAGUAACGCGUACACCUCCCACCCGUGA